AAUAAAUUGAAUAAUUAGAAAUAAUUUGAUAAAUAAAUUAAAGUAAUAAGUGACAAAAAAAUGUCAAGAAUAUAUUUAUUGCUAUUUAUAGCUUCAUUUAUAAAUGUUUCUCUAGGCCAAAGCGCUCCUUGUGGAAUUAAAAGAUUAAUUUCUAAUAUGACAUACUUUGGUUGUCAAAGAUAAUCUACAGUUUAAAUAAUUUAAGGAGAAAAAAUCCUUAACGAUUAAUACUUGGAUAUUACAUAAUUAACAGUAGUAGGAUGGUACAGAUUAUUUGGUAAUUUAAACCAAGAGUAUUUAAUAAUUCAGGCCAUGAGUGAUGAUUCAAAUAAUUUGAUAUCGAUAUCAUAUAAUCCAAGUUCAUUUCAACUUUAUGUAAAGUUUUAAAAUUAGCCUAAAGUUAGUGUUAGCUUGAUUAAUGUCUUCGAGUAUCUACUUUAAGAUAAUUGGUUUUUCGUCAAAAUAGGAAUAAGACUGAAUUAAGAUAACCUACCUAUUUGCUAUACCUAUUAUUAUAUUUAAACAGCAUAUUCGAUCUAUAAUCCUUCAUAUACAUACUAAUAAGGAUAAGCACUAUCUAACAACCUAGUUAAAUUUGACAAUAAUUAAUUUUAGUUAUUUUAUGGAAACACAUCUAAUUUUCCACUAUGUUCGCUGUGUGGAGUCUCUGAUCAUGUUACAGUUUUCAUAGGAAGAGCGAAUCAUUAAAGUUAAGGCCCCUCAUUUUAAACAUCUGCUCAGGAAAUGUAUUAUCAGGCGAAUUUGGUUCUAUAAAUUAAUUUUUAAGUUAUUUAUCAGUUACAAAGUAUAUAAUUGAACAGAGCAAUCCAUAAUAAAUAAUAUAUUUCCUUUGUAAAAAAGAAUCCUGUCUUUUAAAAUGUAUUAUAACUAUUAACUAACGAGUAUAUUAACGCAGGGCCAUAUUAUUUUGAUGAGAAUAAGGGCUUGGUAAUUUAGUUUGAUAUUAGAUUUAAUGGAGACAUGCUUAAUUCUUCUCCUCCGUUUGCUAGUAUUUAGUAGGUUUCAUCAUAGUAAUAUUUUUAUCUGAUUAGUGUUUUAUAAAUUGGGAGUCUGUUUUACUUACAGGAUUCUUAUUACUGGUAGAACAGUAUAUAUUAUCAAAUUUCUUUUAAUAGUUGGUACAGAAUUACUGUUGUACUAUCCUAAUAAUUCAAAUAGAUUCAGAAAACUGUUUAUUUAAACAAUAAGAUAAUAUUCUCAUAAACAUAUUAAAAUUAAUUACCUAUUGGUACUAUAAGAUUUACGCUUGGAAAUUUGAGUACUAAUAUUUAUGAUCCAAACAUGGUUGUAAACAGAGAAAUUUUAAUUAAAUCAAUCAAAAUUUAUCAGGGAACUUUUUUUUAAGCUUGUUUAAAUUGUUCUAUGCAGAUGAAUCUAGACGGAAACGACUGUAUAAUGUGUUCAAAUGAUGGAGAUUUUAUUAAAUAAGAUAAGCAAAAGUAUACUUGUGAAAGUUCAUGCAAUUAUGCUGAUUUUUCUGCUUCACAGGCAUCUUGGUAGACUUGUGAGUGGUCUUUCAAUAAAUCUUGCUAAUAAUAUUAAUUGACUGAAUUUUAAACUACUUGUGAUUGCCCUGACGGACACUAUUUUGAUGGAAACACAUGUUUACCAUGUCCAUAAUACUGCAUUACAUGUUCUUCUGGCACUUAAUGCAAAGAAUUUCUUUUUCCUAGAGGAUAUGAUGGUAAAUGCAGUUAAGGGCUUUUUGAUGAUGGUAAACAAUGUAUUGGUUAGUAAUUGAAGAUCUUAAGUUAUUAAAACACUUUGAUUACACUUAAAUAAACAUUAGUUGACUGUACAAAUCCAAAUUUAUAUUCACUGCAAGACUUUAUUAUCAAAAAUAAAUUUUUUAAAAUAAAAAGUGGCUUAACAUCUUUUUUUAUUUCUCUUAACUUCAUCUUAAACAUUCCUGUCCCUUUUGCAGUUGGUAAAGUUUACAGUAUCUUUUACAUGAUUGAUGAAAAUAUACAUAUAUUUUCUUUAGUAGCAUUUGUUGAUUAAAGUAAUGGGAUUUCUCUCUGUUUGGUAAUUGGAGAAAAUCAGCAGCUUUUUUUUGCACCUGUUGAAAACGGAUAAUAAAUUUGGAUUGGACUUUCUACUAACUUAAAAGAUGUCUCACUUAUUGUCAAAUUAAAGAAUAACCCCGUUUCUUAUUACUAUUAAAUGAUUAGUUAACCAAUAAAAAAUAUAUUAGUAGACCCAUCACUAAUAUUUGGAAUGGCAUCUCCAAAUUUUCCUUCACAAAGCAUAUUUUGUGGCUAAUUUAUGAACAUUAAUAACUGGAUAAUUUAAGGUCAUCAAAGCAUGACAAAAUUUGCGUCUGUACUUUAAAGACAAUCUUAAAAAGAUCUAAUUAAAGUUUUUGAUUUAGAUUUUAGUAACUACAGCAUUAGCAAAUUUACAAGUGUUUAUAUGAUCUUAAAUAUUUAUAAUCCUUUGUAAUAUUUUUCUUAUUCUACAUUCAAUAGGUAAUUUAGUUAAAUAUAUGGUUUUUUAAUUGAUUCAUAAUAUCCAGCAUAUGCAUACUUAGCAUCACAGCUAAAUUCUAAUAUUUUUGCUAUUUCACUUAACAUGAAAGCUUUCUCUCUUACUACCUAUGAUUAUACUUUUUUAUCUAUUACCUAUUGGGGUACAAAAAUUGUUCAAUUUAGAUUUAUUUAAAGCCUUUUCGAUUUACAGCCUAAACUUGAAAUUUGUGUCUAAUAAGUAUGUCAAUUACUUAAAUACGUAAGAUUUAGCUCAGUUAACUCAAACUAUUUCUUUGUUACAGUAGAAUCAAUAUACUUCUCUUUAUAUUUACAAACUGUAAAAUUCAAUGUUGUGCUGAAUUACUAAACCGAAGAAAUAGAAAUAUAAAGCUCUAUAUAUUUUUAUUUAUAUCCUUAAUAUUUAAGCUUUUAAAUAGGAUAGCAAAUAGAUAAUUUAGCAGCUCCUAUUUUCUAUUUUAAUAACCUUGAACUUUACAUGCAAGGAUUUUAUUACCUCGAGUAUGAUAUGAGUGAUCCGUGCUUUAUUUAUAUAAAUAGAUUAAAUAUGACUUGUAUACUUCCAAAGUAAGGCUAUUCACUUUUGAAUAACUAAGUUAUUCCAAAUGAUUAAUGUAAUUCCAAUAGGACACUUAAUUAAACAAUAUACUUUUAUAAUCCUGCCAAUUUAAGAUGCUAAGAUUCAAAUUUAAUUAUACUUAAUUGUGUUGAAAUCUUAUAUACAAAUUUAAACGUUUGUAAUAAAUGCUUAGAUCCUAUGAUGGAUCCUCUAAAUAACUGCUAAUGCAAAGAUGGAACGUAUUUUGACUAAACAAAAAAAAAAUGCUAAUACUGCUCUCCAACUUGUAAGACAUGCUCAGGAAACUCUUCGAAUUGCCUUUCAUGUAAGUAAGAUACUUAAAUACUCCCUCUCUGUAAUUGCCCAUUAAAUAAUUAGUAUUUAGAUAGUAUGUUUAACUGCCAAGAUUGCUAAAAGUAGUGCUCUUCAUGCUUUGAAUCUGCUAGCUGUAUAACUUGUAGUUAUGGUAGAAUACACCCCCCAAUAUGUUAAUGUGAUCCUAAGUAUUUUUUAAACAAACCAAAUGAUCCUAUUUAAAAUGAAUGCGAGCCAAUUAUCUGUAAAAAUAAAUGUUAAACAUGCCAAUAUUCAAGUGAUAAUUGUCUAUUAUGUAAGGGAAAUAGAAUCUAACCUCCUAAUUGUUAAUGCCCAGAUGGGUAUUAUGAUGAUCCUAAAAAUGAUAAUGUAAAUUGCUCAAAAUGCCAGUCUCACUAAUAUUAUGACCAAAUUUCUUAAUAGUGCACGAACUGUCAUGAUCUUUGCUUAACUUGCAAUGGACCAACAAAGUAAAAUUGCUUAAGUUGCUAAAACAAUUAAAUUUUAGAUGAAAACCACUAGUGCACUUGCUAAUAAGGAAAUGAUUUAGUAUCUGACCCAAUAAAAGGUAGUAGUUGUUAUGGGUUUUUUAACCUUGCUUACAGCUUAUAAUAGAAAAAUGGAAAAUAUUAAAUUUAGAUUGAUUUUGAAACAGAGGUUUAUCUCCUUGAAUAAAUUAUUUCUUAGCAUGGAAUAAUUAAUAUAUUUUAACUCUCUAUCAGCGAAGUUCCAUCUCAAAAUUAUGAAAUUAAAAGUUUUAAUAUUCCAAGAAAUAAUUAAAUAAUUUUGGAAAUAGGAAUUAAUUAAAGUAUAAAAGCAAGCUACGGGAGUCUCAUUUUCAAAACAACAAACAUAUUUAUUGACUAUCAAAACUAGAUAGUGCUAAAUCCUAAGUAUUUAAAACAACCAUUUUAAUUUAAUAUUGGACCUUAUUUACUUGUUAUAGAUGACAAUAAAUAACAAGUUAUUAAUUAGAUUAGUCAAAUUACUCCAAAAAAUUAAGCUUUUAUUGGUUACAUAAGAAGUCUUUAAUUUUUGUUUUAUUUAUUGAAUUCGAUAUAGCCUACUGCGAUGUUUUUGUUAAUAAAAAUUAAUAUCCCUAUAAAUUUUUAUACGUUCUUAUCUCUCUUUGGAACAUUUGUUUAUCAAAGGAUGCCUGAGUACCAAGAUAACAAACUCCAGCAUGGGUUUACACUUUUUGGAAGCAAUGUAGAUGAAUUUGUACACAGCUCUGGAAAUAUUUAAUUUGAUAGAUUAGGAUUCCGAGAUAGUUUUUUAGUUAACUGCUAAAUAAUUUUUUGUAAAUAUCUAGUUAUACUAACUUUAUUAUUAGGAAUGUUAGCUAUAAAAUAAUUUUUCUACCCUUUGAAAUAAUCAGAUAAUAAGGCUCAAGGCAAAAUAUAAAAAAUAAUGAAUUUCUUCGUUGUGAGGUUAAGCUCAGAAAACGAAGUUAAUCUAUUAAUAGUUAUUCUUUCUAUUAAUAUUCAAGUAUAUAAUAUAUACUCUACUAAUUGGCUAAGCAGAUGGAGCAUUUACUCAGCUAUUUUUGUGAUUUCUAUUUUUUCAAUAUCUUUGAUAUGGUUUUAUCUAAACUAUAACUCAAUGAAUUUUAGUUUAUCACAAAACUACUUUGAAUUUUUCUUUUUGAGAUUGAAAUAAUAAAAAUUUAACUGUAAGGCAAUAAAGAAUUAUCAUUUCGUUUACUUUCUAAAGAAAAUUUUAAUAGUGAUUCUGAUAUAUUACUUAGUAGAGUAUCCUUUAUGUCUGUGCUGUAUUUGCACCAUAAUAAAUAUCGUCACUUCGCUAAUGACAUUUUACUACAAGCCUUAUAAGUAUUUGUUUUUAAAUUUAGUUAAAAGUAUAGGUGAUAUUCUCCUAGCAGCUACAUGGAUUUUUAUGAUAAUGUUUUACAAAUUCAAUCAAGAGAAUUUAAAUUUAGUUGUUUUGAAUUAAGAAGAUGUAAAUUCAUUUCUAAAUAAAGGAUUUAUAGCAACUAUAAUAUUAAUUUUAUUUAAUAUGCUCUUUUUACUUGGUUUCUUAUUCGAAUCAGUAGGACUCCCGAUUUAUGAAUUUUUGUAAAAAAACAAAGAUAAAAUAUAUUUAAUUUAUAAUAAAAGGAGAUAAAAAAAAACUAAAAUAUACUAAAAUGAAAAUAACAAUACAAUAUAAGUAAAUAUUGAAUUAAAUAGUGGAAAAAAAAUAAUUUUAUAAUGAUUUAAUAAACAAAAUUUAUUUAAAAGCUCUGUAACAAAUUAAUUAAAAUGUCUUUCUAUAUAAUAUUGAUCAAAUUUCAU